AUGCGCAGCACCUCCAUUCUCGCGGCCCUCGCGGCGCUCUCCUCGACCGCGCUGGCGGCCACCUGCCAAGCGCAGAACAUUGUCGACGCCUGCAUCAGCGGCUACGACGCACGCAUCGAGGCCUGCCGCUCGGGCGGCAACGACUGGAUCUGCCUUUGCGACGUGUACACCGACGUGUACACGUGCUACAACAACUGCCCGGACUCGGUCGAGCGCUCGCCCGCAAAGGGCCAGAUGGACUCGUUCUGCCAGGCUGCGGCUCCCCUCCGCGCCGCGGCCUCGUCGUCCAUGGCGUCCGUGGCCAGCGUAGCCAAGACGGCGACAACGGCUGCGCCGACCUCGAGCUCUGCGUCGGCCACCGGCACUAGCACCGCGACCGGGACUUCCGAGUCCGCGGCGGCGUUUGCGACGGGUGCUGCGUCGCUCGUGACGCCUGCUGGUGCCGCUGCUGUUGCGUUGCUUGCGGCCGCGGGCUUGUUGUAG